CAGAUUUUUUUGUCUGUUUUGUUCUACAUGAUUAGCCAGCCAGCCUUUAAGGCGGUGCCUCUCUGAAUCACAACCGGUUAGACUUUGAACAAACUGAGGAUUAAGCUUGACAACAUCUAUCUUCUAGAGAGACAGAGAGAGUGAGAAAGAUGGAAGCUUUUCUUCCCUUGCUUUGUCUUUUACUCAUGUAUCCCUACCGGUCUUCCUCACUGCCCAUGUGCACCAGCUUGAGGGCACCUGUGAUUGCAAAGGAGGCUCUGUCCUUUUGUCCAUACAAAGGGAGAGUGUGUUGUGACUCAACCAAAGACUCACAACUGCAGAUGCAGUUUCAAGCUAUGAACAUCUCUCAUCCUAAUUGCGCUUCUCUGAUCAAAUCAAUUCUUUGUGCUACAUGUGAUCAGUUCUCAGAAAGCCUAUUCAAAGUUGAAUCACAGAUUCGUUCCGUUCCAGUUCUUUGCGACUCUCGUAACUCACGAGAUUCCUCACUAUCAAAACAAUCUGCAACUAGUUUCUGUGCAGAUGUAUGGGACACAUGCCAAAAUGUCUCCAUGAAAAAUUCUCCCUUUGCCCCGUCACUACAAGGUGCUGCCGGAUUGCCACAAAACACCUCAUCAAAGCUCACCGCUCUCUGGCAAUCAAGAAACGACUUCUGUACCGCAUUUGGUGGUGGACAAGAUGAUAAUAAGUGUUUCAAUGGGCGGCCAGUCGAGCUUAACUCAACCGAAACCUCGGUUCCUCCAAAAGGCCUAUGCCUUGAAAGGCUUGGAGAUAAAGGGUAUAUCAAUAUGGCUGCUCAUCCAGAUGGAUCAGACCGCGCCUUCUUCUCAGACCUGCCGGGAAAAAUAUGGCUAGCAACGAUUCCUACACACGGUUCUGGAGAACCACUGGGUAUAGAUGAAUCAACCCCUUUUGUAGAUUUAACUGAUCAAAUCAAAUUCGAUACCGUGUUUGGGUUGAUGGGGAUAGCAUUUCAUCCAAAGUUUGCCGAAAACGGGCGUUUCUUUGCUUCCUUCAAUUGUGACAAAGAAACGUCCACCACAUGUUCAGGGCGGUGUGGUUGUAACUCAGAUGUUGGUUGUGAUCCUUCCAAAAUAGACGCGGAUCACCCAUGCCGGUAUCAUAAUGUUGUAGCGGAGUACACUGUUAACGGGACAUCAUCAGAGCCUGCAAAGGCAACAAAAGGGAAACCUACAGAGGUGAGAAGGAUAUUAACGAUCGGGCUUCCGUUUACGAAUAAUCAUGGUGGUCAGAUUCUGUUUGGGCCUGAUGACGGGUAUCUGUAUAUAAUGUUGGGAGAUGGUGGUGGCAGAAAUGGUCCUUUCGGGUUAGCUCAAAAUAAGAAGUCUUUGCUUGGAAAGAUCAUUAGGGUGGAUGUCGAUACGAUACCUAAAGAAGCAGAUGAUCUGAAUCUAUGGGGAAAUUAUUCAAUACCGCGUGACAAUCCGUACUCUGAAGAUGAAGAAUUGUUGCCUGAGAUAUGGGCUCUAGGACUCAGAAAUCCUUGGCGUUGUAGCUUUGACUCACUGAGGCCUUCUUACUUCCUCUGUACUGAUGUUGGCCAGGAUCGUUACGAAGAGAUUGAUGUUAUUACCAAGGGCGGAAACUAUGGGUGGAGUAUAUAUGAAGGCCACCUUCCUGUUGACUCUCAGCAAUCUUCGAAAAACAAUAUUUCGGAUUCGACUGAUGUUAUAUUUCCAGCAAUGGGUUAUAACCACUAUGAUGUAAACAAGAAAGAGGGUUCUGCAGCAAUAACAGGCGGUCGUUUUUAUCGUUCCACUACUGAUCCAUGCAUGUAUGGCAGUUACUUGUAUGCAGAUCUGUAUUCCACUGCUUUAUGGGCAGCUGCGGAAACUCCAACCGAUAGCGGGAACUUCACCUCAACUUCAAUCCCUUUCCGUUGUGCCCGUGAUUCUCCAAUAGAGUGCAAAUCUGCGCCAAACACAAACUUGGCCGCUUUAGAUUACAUAUACUCAUUUGGAGAAGAUAACAAGAAAGACGUAUAUAUUCUGGCAAGCACGGGUGUGUACAGAGUAGUUCAACCAAGUCGUUGCAACUACAGUUGCACAAAGGAAAGUGGAACAUCGGUACAAACUCCUACUUUUCCACCUUCUUCGAGCGGUAAUCACCUGGAGUUUGUGAUCUAUAUCUCUUUCAUACUGGUCUUAGUAGGCUGUAUGUUGUAAGUGUAGAAGCAAAGAGUAUAAUGGACCGUGUCUGGCAUCAUUUCAGUGUGGAUGUGAAAACUACGUUACUUUGUUUUUUUUUCUUUUUGACUUGUUUAAUAAGCAGGCAUGAUGAUCUAGAUUCCACAUAUUGUGAAUUGUGACAGUUGAACCUCAGUGCAUGAAAUUUUGUACAAAAACAGUCAAA